CGGUGGCAACCGAAGGAACACUUACGGCCCAUAAGCUGCUGAGGGAAGACAGCUCCGACUAGAUAUUUAAUAUUACUAUAAUAAAAGCCAAAUGGAGCGUGGCAACACUCGCAAAAGCAAGCGCGUUACUAGACGUAACGGUUUUUGGCGGCAUUGCUUCAGUUCACUUCAGUGUUGAGUACAAGUUGAUGUUGUUUAAAAAACUGUUUCAGUUUCCGGUAUUACAAAACUGUAAGCCUCUUCCACCUCCCUUCACAUUCACACUAACCACUUCUCUCACUUCACAUUUCUCUUCCCUUCUCUCUCUCUCUCUCUCUCUCUCUCUCUCUCUCUUUUUCUCUCUCUUCUGCGUGUUCAGGAAAUCAGCUAGCAAUGGAAGAUCCUCCUCCGGAGUUUGGCCGGAAAUACUCGAAGAUCGUUCAUGACAACGUUCAUGGAGAUAUCUCUCUCGAUCCGCUAUGUUUGAAGUUUAUUGACACUCCUCAGUUUCAGAGGCUCCGCGACCUGAAGCAACUUGGUCUCACAUACAUGGUUUACCCUGGGGCUGUGCAUACUAGGUUUGAGCAUUCACUGGGGGUGUAUUGGCUGGCUGGUGAAGCUAUUAAUAAACUCGCAAACUUUCAAGGGGAGCUUGAUAUCGAACGUAAUGAUAUACAGGCAGUCAAACUUGCUGGACUACUGCAUGAUGUCGGGUAUGGGCCUUUCGGUGGCUUAUUUGAGCAUGAAUUUCUUCCCCAGAUUCUCAAGAGCAAGAAUUGGUCUCAUCAGGAUAUGUCUGUAAAGAUGAUAGACUACAUUGUUGAUGAGAACAAUAUAGAAGUUGAUCCUGAAACCCUUAAGAGAGUGAAGGAAAUAAUCACUGUUAGUUCUCAUAGGAGUGCAAAGGAAAAACGUUUCUUGUAUGAAGUUGUUGCAAAUGGUCGAACUGGAAUAGAUGUUGACAAGUUUGAUUACAUUAAUCGUGAUACUCGGGCUUGUGGAAGAGGCUGCAAAGUUCAGUUUGAGAGGUUAAUGGACUCUAUGCGAGUUAUGGACAAUGAGAUAUGUUAUCGUGCUAAUGAUUAUCUGACAAUCCACAAUUUGUUUGCCACUCAUGCUGAUUUACAUAGAACAGUCUAUACACAUGCCAAAGUGAAGGCCAUAGAGCUCAUGGUUGUAGAUGCUCUGGUGAAAGCAAAGGAUGUUUUUGUCAUUUUCUCCUGCUCUGAGAAUCCAGCUAAUUUUUGGAAGCUUGAUGACUCAUUUUUGAAAAGAAUCGAGACCAAUCCAAAUGUCAAGGAGUCUAAUGAUUUGGUAAAGCGCAUUCGGAGUAGAGAUCUAUACCAGUUCUGUAAUGAGUUUUGUGUUCCGAAGGAUAGACUAGACCACUUCCAAGACGUAACUUCCAAAGAUAUAAUUUGUUCCCAGAAAUCCAGCGACGUUACACUAAGUGAAGAAGAUGUUGUUGUUAGCAAUGUUAGAAUUGAUUUGACUCAAGGAAGUAAUAAUCCUCUUGAAAGCAUCAAUUUUUUUCAGGAUUUCCAUAGCGAUGAAAAGUUCCCAAUCCAAGGCGACCAUGUCAGUAAUUUGCUGCCUUCAUGUUAUCAAGAUAUGAUAGUGAGGGUGUACUCAAAGAAGCCUGAUCUGGUUGAGACAGUUUCUCAGGCCUUUGAAAAUUUUCAGCUAGAGACAUUUGGGAAGAAUCUACAGGUACAUGCAACCUCAGAUAAGAAGAAAUAUCACAGGUUUAAAUAGUGCAAACAUUGUGCCGUAGCAUCUUGCUUUCGGACGAUACAUAGAUACUUUUCACCCAAACCAUAAAUAGUAAAUGCGAAGGAUACCAUGAGCAAAUAUAUAGAGUGCUCCAUCAUAUCUGAAUGAGUAAAGAUGUACAUGCAACGUUGAAAACCAUUAAAAAAAAAAAAAAAAAAAAGGGAAAAAAUUCUAGUAUAAGAUGAUUUUGAAGAAUGCCAUGAGCAAAUGUAUAGAGUGCUCCA